GGCCGCUCUUGAAGCAUUAGAUUCCAAAUGCCUUUUCUGAACCCCACGCUAGAAAAUUAUUUUUCAUCCGUCUUCCAUUACAGGCGUGUGGAGAAUCUAAUCAAACUCUUAAUGGUUUGUUGCACAUAUUGCUGGCUUCUGAUGGGGCUUUUAGGUCUUAGCUAUGAAGUCUCCAAACCCCUCAAUCAGAUGUGCACUGAGUUUUUUAUUAAUACAAGCUACAGUUGCGAAGGUUUAGGAUUGAGAGAGAUUCCAGAACAACUGCCUUUCACCACUGAAGUUCUUGAUUUCAGCUUCAACUUCCUAUAUCUGCUUCAGCAAUCAACAUUCAGCAGGCUGAAGGCCUUGGUGCACUUAGACUUAACAAGGUGUCAGAUUAAUUGGGUAUAUGAAAGCACUUUCGAAAGCAAUAUUUUCCUGGAGACCGUAGUCUUUACUGGAAAUAAUCUUCUCUUUCUGGCCUCAACAGCGUUUAUGGGUCCUCAGUGUCUGAAGCAUCUUGAUCUAACCCAAACAGGGAUCACUAACUUAGCAUUUAUCCCAAUGCAGGAUCUACACAACAUAGAAACACUGUUACUAGGAAGUAACCAUAUUCAAACAUUGGAGCUGCUAUCAGAUUUUCCAGCUAGAAAGCUCAAAUACUUGGAUUUACAGAUGAACAAUAUACAAACAAUAUCAAUUAGAGACAUAAAGGCAUUAAAACAAGCUAACAAUCUGACUCUCAAUCUUAGGGACAACAAGAUCAUGCACAUAGAGCCCAAGACUUUUAAUUCAUUUUCCUUCUACAGUUUGGACUUUGGCAGUUGUAAUAUUUCUGUGAUAUUGGAUGGAUUGCAAGGUGUCAGCACUGCUAUCCUUUGGCUCGGCACUUUUUUGGGUGUAGACAACCGUCCUAUUCAAGAGAGCACAUUGCAAGGCAUAUGCAACAUCUCUGUAGACUAUCUCAGUCUACAAUAUCACUCUUUCCUAGAACCUUCUGGUGACACUUUCCAAUGUUUGUCCAAACUGAAAAGAUUGGACUUGACCCAUACCUCCCUUUCUAAGCUACAGAGUCUUCCUCAGAUGAAUUUACUGAAAGAAUUAAAUCUCAAUCGGAAUUACUUUUUGAAUCUCUGCGACAUCCACUUUUCUGUUUUCCCUUCUCUUACCCAUCUCUAUAUCCAGCAGAAUCAUGAAGCCAUGGAGUUGAGUUUUGGAUGUUUAGAAUCCUUGUCAAAGCUUCAACACCUUGAUUUGAGUUGGAGUCACAUAGAAAGCCUAGACUGCUGCAGCAACCAACUGCAUGGUCUGAUUGGCUUGCAACACCUUAAUUUAAGUCACAAUUACAAACUUUCAUUUCAUAACACAACAUUUAAUGAAUGUUCUAACUUGAAAGUUCUUGAUCUCUCUUUUACACAUAUUAUCAUCAAUAAUUUUCAAGGCCCAUUCCACAAUCUACAUUCUUUGCAGAUGCUUAACCUUUCUUUCUCUCAUAUUGAUACAAGCAAGCAGAAUAUUUUGCAAGGUCUAAGCAGCCUGCUUGUCUUAAAUAUGAAUGGAAAUACCUUUAAAUCUGGCACCAUUUUCAAUGAUAACAUUUUUCAGAAAGCACCCAAUCUAGAGGUGUUAACCUUAGCUUCUUGCCAAUUAAUAGCGAUAGAAGCUAAAGCAUUUUCUGCUCUCAGCAAGUUAAAACAUGUGGAUCUGCAUCAUAACAAUCUUACUGCAUUCUGUUCAGAUGUGUUUUCCAAUUUCAGGAACAUUUAUCUCAAUUUUGCCAAUAAUGGGAUCCAUAUUAUCCCACAUGAUUUGUUGACUCGACUAUCUGGCCAGAGUAUAAUCAAUUUAAGUUACAAUCCACUGGAAUGCACCUGUUCUAAUAUUGGACUAUUAACUUGGUACAAGGAAAACAUAGAUAAAAUUGAAGAUUCUGAACAGACCUUGUGCGCUGAGCCCAAAUCACUAAGUGGUACUAAGCUUUUCUCUAUAAAUCUGUCCUGUGGAUAUAGCACUGCACAAAUAGCAUUGAUUACUCUUGUUGUGAUAAUAGUAAUUGUAGUGACCUUCAUUUUGAUCAUUUAUGCUUUAAAGCAAAAAUAUUAACAGAUAGAAGCUUUUGGUAGAAAGUAAGUAUGUAGGAAUUUUUAAAAAAUAUAGAAAUAUAUCAUUCUCUCAAUGUAUUAGGUGAUAACACAGUGGUUCUCAACCUUUCUAAUGCCGUGACCCCAUAAUACAGUUCCCCAUGUUGUGGUGACCCCCAAUCACUUAUAUAUCACCGGGUGCCAGGGGCGUGGCCAAAGAAAAGGGGGAAAAAAUGGCAGACAGCCUUAUUUGGCGACCCCCGUGAAAUGGUCGUUCGACCCCAAAUGGGGUCCCGACCCACAGGUUGAUAACCACUGUAAUAACAGGACACUCCAAGCUCUCGUUGUUAUGGCAGAUAGGAGAAGAACAGAGUAAUGUAAUAUUCUAGAAACAGGAGAGAACUCAAUUUUCCGAUUGAUUUAAUGAUGUAAAAAUAUGAAGAUUACAUGCCCUUCAUCCUCCCCUUUUCCUCUGAAACCUUUUUUUUACUCAUUAGUAAAGUGAUACCAAACCUAUGACAUGCAUGUCAAAGGUGGCACACCAUGACAUUUUUGGUUCAUUAUCAACCAACAACACUAAUCUUGAAAGCACCCUCGGUUUUCACACAAUUUUUGGAGGCUAUGGAGACUGUGCUUUUGCAUAGCCCUGGACCCUCCAAAAAUGAGUUUGUUUUACUCAUAUUUCAUUUUUGUAAUUAUAUGACAUUUCUUUAUAUAAAAUACAUAUACACGAUAGGACUGUAUUUUUUAAAAUAACUAUGUAGAGAAUUAUUUCUCUUUUGUUUGGGGAUGGCGAUGGCGGUAACAAACCAGCAGAGUCAAGUUAGUCAUUUUCCAAAUUUUUGAUAUGCCAAGCUCCAAAGUUUCACUAUAAUAUAUUAAAAUUACUUAUUUUCCCCUAACUCUGUACAGGGUUUAAUACCAAUAUAUUAAUAUACCAGAAUAUACACUUUUUUUUACACUGGUGUUUUAAUGAGUUGUUUCUUCUUCUAAAUAAAGAUGAAGUAUACCUUAUACCUUCUAUUACAUUUCACAAAAUGUAAACAUAUUUUACCUGUAAUUCUAAAGCAUAGUUUAACUUCAAUGACAGAGCCUACAGUUCUGUCCUUCUUUUUUACACCCUAUUUUCUAGAACAGGGGUUUCCAACAGGGGUUUCUGGCUUUGUGGACUGGCAGUGGUAGUGGCAGCAGCAAGGGGGUAAGGGAUGUUUUGUGUUUGUGCCCACCACUUAUACCAAUGGAGUUUUGCAGCCUUGUCAGCCACUUGCACAGCCCAGUUCCCAACAGGCCACGGCCCGGGGACAGGGACCCCUGUUCUAGAGUAACCUUAAGGAUAUUGGUCAUGAUGGGUUUUCUUUUCUUUUAUUAUGAUUUGCUAGUCUGUGUGAACUUAAACAUUAGAGAAGCAUAGUUAGAGGUUCUGAUCUUGGUUCAUGUCUGCAUAUUAUAAUUGCAUUUUACUGCUAAAAAUGACAGACUAUAAUUGAAAAUCAAAAUGUUUUAUUAUCAAAAUUCAUGAACAUAGCCCCAAAAUGUUUGAUUAAUAUAUCUAGGCCUACUAAUGAGCCAUGGUGGCACAGUGGUUAGAAUGCGUUAUUGCAGGCUGAUUCACAUCUCACUGCCAGAAGUUCGAGAAUAGAAUAGAAUAGAAUAGAAUAG